UAGAAUCUUCACAGAAGGAUGCAUUACCAAGCGGCGUCGGCAGCGGCUGAGGCGUGGGGAUACGUGGCUGCGGCGAGAGGGGCGACGAUGGACGCGCUGGAGCGGGUGGAGCGGCUGGCGGGGGAGAGCGCGGUCGUCAUCUUCAGCGUCAGCACCUGCUGCAUGUGCCACGCAGUGAAGCGGCUCUUCUGCGGCAUGGGGGUGAGCCCCAUGGUGGUGGAGCUGGACGAGGACCCGCGCGGCGGGGAGAUGGAGCGCGCCCUCGCUCGGAUCCUUGGUGGCGGAGGAGCGGCAGUGGCAGGAAGCGCCGCCGUGCCUGUGGUGUUCAUCGGCGGGAAGCUUGUGGGGGCCAUGGACCGGGUCAUGGCCGCCCACAUCAACGGCACCCUCGUGCCCCUCCUCAAGGAUGCCGGCGCUCUCUGGCUCUGAACCCACAGCCUCAAAACCACGAACGGUAUGAUCGGUUCGCGUCUUCCUCUUAUAAUGCAGCUACAGAUUACCAACUUUUUCAUUUAAUAUGACUUCGUUUUCUAUCUAAUAUUGGUUACUUAACAAGGUUUAAAAGAGAGAGAGUGAGAGAGAAAGAGAGAGAGAAUGCGUGUGUGUGUGUUUGUGCGAGAGAGAGGGAAGGGAGGUUGGUUUUUUGGGUCCUCCAUUUUGGGUACAAGAUGAUUGAUAUGCAAAGGCUUUGCUUGUAUUACCUUCUUCUAUAAUUUUCUUCCUUUUUCUUCUGGGUUUUCGUGAUCAUGUGGGGUUUGACAUGCAUGAUAGUGAUGAUGAUCAUAUGUAUAGAAACUUCUUGAGUGUUGAGCAAAAACUGGCCAAAUGGAUUGUUUCCUUCUACGAGUUCAUCCAAAUGCAGUGCUUGUCAUCUCUCUAGUUAAUUUAUAUCAUGGAUCUGUCCUGCACUUUUGCUUGAUGAGUCAAAAUGAACUGCUAUUUAAACUUCUUCUUCCUACCUUUUAAUUUCAAGCUUAUGACUCUGGGGCACAGUGAGUUUUGAGUUACUGAAAGAACACGAGCUUCCUCGUGAUCGAGAGCAUUGAAAUCAUACGAUAUGUUGGGAAAAUGCUGCUCCAUUGAAAUCAAGAGCACGAUAUUCCUUCUUUGAAGAAGAGCGAGGAGGAAUGUGGUCGAAAUCUUCAGUUUGCGGGAGAGAGAGAGAGAGAGAGAACGUCAUCAACGACCAGACCACCAGAGCGAGAGAGAGAGAGAGAGAGAACGUCAUCAACGACCAGACCACCAACUCCCACGUUCGUGCGAAGGAAGGUGGAAUGCGGGGACAUCGUUGUCGGUGUCGGGACCAAUGAAAAUCCGCCACGUGUCUUGAUGUGCCACUUACACCAAUGGGCCGGCGCACUCCGCAUCCAAAGGCACGCAUCUCCACGAGAACGUGUGGCACAUCGAUUCCAGCACUCGUGUUUUUUUUUUUCCUGUUUUAGACCCUCACAUUUUUUAAUUUAUAUGGAAAUCUCUCUUUUUUAUUUUAAUUUAGAGAAAAAUUCU